AUGACAGACUGUAAAGUUUGUUGGACCUGUCGAGGACUCUUCACUGGCAAGAUAGAAUCUCGUGAAAUUCUAGAAUCUCAUUUAAAGUCAUGCAGGGGAAAUUUUAUGUUAAAGAAUACAGAAUUAUUUGAAUACUUUGUUUGUGAUAAAGCUGAUUACAGCGCCCUCACAAACUUGAAAAAAUGUUUAAACAGGCAUGGGAGACAUGCCAUUUCCAGUUUACAUGUGCAAACAGUUUUGCCUCAAAGUAUAAUCAAAGCACUGUUGUCCUUGUGUGUUCAGGAUUUUCCACCUUACCAACUAAAUUCGCUUUUGAAAUCCAAAAAUCAGGAUUUACUGAAUGAGAAAAAGAAUAACAAGGAAACAAAUGGAACAAACAUCAGGGAACAUCCAUAUUUUCUAAAUAAAGAAUGUCAGACAACAAUUGAAACUAGUCAUCCAUUAGCUAAAACAGAAAAGAAGGUGAAUUUACACGUGACAGAAAACUGUAGAGUAUCAUCAGACGCCACACUUGUCUCAUAUGAUCCCAAAGGUUGUGUCAGUGAACUUAAUAACAGCAUUGUGGAAUCAGCAGCUGUACAAAGUUCUUCUCCUUCUGAUGAUAGUAUAGUAGUCAGUAAUGAUCUCACGUUUGCUAAUGCCUCAGAAGAUCUUUUGAAAAAAGAACAGGAGUUGCAGAGGCAGAGCAAGGAACAGCUGGAUGCUCAAUGUGACAUAUCAAAAUUUGAUCAAGACACAUUUUAUGUCUGCAAACUCUGUUCACAUAAAUCUAAAUCUGAGAAACUUAUGCUAAGACAUUUAACCUCCCACAACAAUGGUCAAGUCUUUGAGUGUGCGUCCUGUACAUUCACUACAAUCUGGCGCAAAGAGUGGAAGCAACAUCUACAGCGGAAGCAUGGGGAGCAGAAAAUUCUCUGUCAGUUUUGUGCUGCAGAGUUUUCCAGGAAAGAUGUUUUUGACCAGCAUAUUGCAUCAUCUCAUGCAGAUUUUUGUCAAACAACUGGAAAGAUAAAACUGCAGUGUGAUGUUUGUGGGUACAGUGCUAGAAAUGAAGCAUCAUUGAAAGAACACAGGAGGAAACACACAGGCGAAAUGGUUUAUUGCCCACAUGCUGGUUGUACAUUUAAAUCAAUGUAUGAGAGAUCCUUAAAGAAACAUCUGCGGCAGAAACACUCGAAGGAAAAGAACCAGGUUUGUUACAUCUGUGGAUUUCAAACACGUCAUACAUCCUCUUUGAGCAAACACAUAAUGCUACAUAGAGAGUUCAAGCCUUACAAAUGUGCCCAUUGUUCAUUCUCAGCUCUUUAUCCAUCUGAGAUCAUUUCACACGCCAAGAACAAACAUUUAAAGCAGAAAAGAUUUUCCUGCCCUUUGUGCCAGUUUCAGACUAGUUACCCACUGGCAAUUCAGAAACAUGUGGAACGCCACAGUGGUAUCCAAGGAUACGCCUGCUCGGUUUGUGGGAAAGCUCUGAAGAGCAUGUAUAAAGCGAAGAAGCAUAUGUUGAAGGAGCAUGGCUGCACUGACUACAAAAUUAUAAACGAAUCUGCAACUGAAAAACUCAAGCCAAAUGAUUUCAAAAUCUCUGUUAUUGAGGAGAAUAAUUUAGAUGACUCUUGUCAUGUUGUGAUUGUAAAUGUAAAUACAGUUAAAAAAGAAAUUGUGGAGAAGCAUGACACAGAGGCUGAUGUUAUUUCAGAAAAUGACCACCCUGCAAUAGAUACCAAUCCCUCACUUUCUGAUCAUCCAAGUGGUGCAUCACAGAGUAUUGCUUCUGCAUCUUUAGAACACGAAGCUAAUCUGUAUAACAACAGUUCACAGUCUAGUAAGGGUGGUAACCCUAUGUUGUCAGCCACAUCUAAUGACCUUGGUGACACAGACAACUCACUCAUAGAAGAUUCCCUCUUUGACCUGAUGUCUGAUUUCCCCAGACCUCCUGCCCUGAACAGGUCUCAGUCUGCCAGCACACUAAUGUUUGCUUCAUUUUCACCUCAUGUGGUUGACCGAGCUAUGACACCUGACUUCUUCUUCACUGAUAGUCCUUCGGUGGGCUCUUUUUUCUCAAAUUUCCCCACAAAAGCUUUAGACUCUGAAACUCUGACUCUUGGAAAUUUGACAAACUAUGAACCCGCACCUCAAACCACAUCAGUUCCAACAUCCAACAUUAGUCUUCUGCCAUCUUCAACAUCCAUAAGAGGGACCAAAACACCAUUACCUGUUCUGCCAAGUUUCAUAAGUUCUGCAGUGACAGAAAGCAUGAGCUCUGUAAAUUCUGAAGGAUUGACACCUUCUCUUAUUCAAGAAGCAAUAUGUAUAGAUAUGGAUUCAGUACUGCCUAGUUCUUCUUUGUCUACAUUGCCUUCAUUGAGUGUUGAAAGUAGCCAUGGAUGUUCCAUAGAGAAACUUCAGCAGACCCAAUUUGCAACAACUAAUUCAGUUUAUAAUGGAGGAAAUAAUCUGUCUUCUAGUGAAAUACACUCAGCUGUAGCUUCAAUCUGUUCACCUGAUGAAUGCAGUGCUGAAGCACAGCAGAGCAACUGUACUGGAGAGGAAUCUCCAUUUCCUGAAAGCACGGUUUAUUAUGUCCUUCCAGCCAGAGCAGGGAAUAAAAUGUAA